AUGCGUGCUUCUCUUGACUCCACUCUUCUUAUCCUCGCCAACAUUUUGGCUAUCAAGGCUCAGUCAUGUCCUGACAUUCACAUUUUCGGCGCCCGCGAAACUUCAGUCUCGCCGGGGUUCGGCUCGGCUGGUCAAUUGGUCGAUAUGAUCAAAGCUGAUCACCCUGGAGCGACCUCAGAGGCUAUUGACUACCCUGCUUGUGGUGGCCAGGCUUCAUGUGGCGGUGUUCAGUACGGCGACUCUGCAAAGCAGGGUACACAGGCUGUCACUACUGCUGUGAACGGCCUCAACCAGCGCUGCCCUCAGACAAAGAUUGUCCUGGUUGGUUACUCUCAGGGCGGCCAAAUCAUGGACAACAACAUCUGCGGUGGCCCCGACUCUGGAGCUGGUAUCUCUGAUUCAUCCGUCCCUCUCUCUGCCAGUGCAGUCGAACAGGUCAAGGCUGUUAUCAUGCUCGGAGACCCUCGAUUCGUCAGCGGCCUAUCUUAUGGAGUUGGCACCUGCACAGCCGGUGGCUUUGAUGCUCGACCCGCAGGCUUCACCUGCCCCAACGCAGACAAGGUCCAGAUCUACUGUGACUCUCAGGACCCCUUCUGCUGUAACGGAAACGACUCCAACCACCACCAGCAAUACGUCAGCAUUUAUGGAAAGGAGGCUUUGGCAUUUGUUAACAGCAAGUUAUGA